AAAUAGACUGAAAUAACAAUAUACUGUACUAAAGAAGAACUCGAUUGCUAUAAAUUGGAGAUAUAAUCAACUACUCUUACUACAUAAGAAACUCAAGAAAUUCUUAUAACCCAUCUUCACACGAACCAAAAAUCACAUUUCCUUUAAGUCCAUUACAAUUAAUCUCACCAUCCACUGGCUAGAAUAAUGGAUUCUGCCAUUUUUCACUUGGUUUGCUACUAUAUCCUCCUCCUCUCCUCCUCCAUACUAUUCCACUAUACUCACCUAAUUUCAUCCUCGAAAGUACUUCUUGGAAAUGAUACAGAUCAAUUGACAUUGCUUUCCUUCAAGAAAGGAAUUGUCUCCGACCCACUAAGCAUAACAUCUUCAUGGAACGAAUCAGUCCAUUUCUGCAAUUGGAUAGGAAUAACUUGUGGUCACAAACAUGACCAGCGAGUCAUCGCAAUAGACCUAAGGUCUAGCAGAUUGGUUGGUACAUUGUCCCCUGCAGUGGGUAAUCUAAGUUUUCUGCGCCAACUCCGGCUUGACAACAAUAGCUUUACCGGACAAAUUCCCCAAGAGAUAGGCAAACUAUCAAGAUUGCAAAUAUUAGUUCUAAGAAAUAACUCAUUUUCUGGGGAGAUACCGAGAAAUAUUUCGCGUUGUUUAAAACUGACUAUGCUUCAUUUGGCCAGGAAUAAACUAAAGGGCAACAUUCCGGUGGAGUUUGCUUCACUGAAUAAGCUUGAGGAGAUGCAUGUUUUCUUCAACAAUUUGUCUGGAGAGAUCCCAUCUUGUUUUGGCAACUUGUCUUCAAUUCGAUUGAUCAGCCUAACAGGAAAUAAUUUCCAUGGAACCAUGCCUGAUUUUCUUGGAAACUUGGGAAAUUUAGAGGUUCUUGAACUUGCCCAAAAUAAUCUGUCUGGAGUCAUCCCUGCAUCAAUUUUCAACUUGUCAUCAUUGCGCAAUCUUGAGUUAUCAAUCAAUCAACUUCAAGGGCGCCUUCCGUCAAGCAUGGGCUUCACACUUCCAAGACUAGAGGCUUUUAAUUUGGGGACAAAUCAAUUAACUGGAAAGCUUCCUGCAUCAGUAUCAAACCUGACAAAUCUUCAACUUUUUGCUGUCGACACCAACUGGUUCAGCGGAGAGGUACCUAGCUUUGGAAGUUCCAAAUAUUUGUACUGGCUAGCACUUGAUGGAAAUUAUCUCGGAAAUGGCAAGUUAGAUGACUUGCUUUUCAUGUCUUCCUUGCAAAAUUGUUCUGCCCUGCAACUUCUCCAGCUUGAUGACAAUCGAUUUGGAGGAGUUAUUCCGCGAUACUUUGGCAAUAUGUCCAGCCUUCUGUACUUAACCAUGUCAAGAAAUCUUAUCCAUGGAACCAUUCCUGUAGAGAUUUCGCAACUUCACAGCUUGCAGGAACUCUCUUUGUGGAAAAAUCAUCUCACUGGGGAAAUUCCUGAUUCUAUUGGAAAACUUGAGGUACUAAAUGAGUUGUCCCUCAAUGAGAACCAAUUGUCAGGGAAAAUUCCAUCUUGUUUGGGAAAUUUGACAAUGCUGACUAAACUCAGCCUUGGAGCAAAUAAUUUACAUGGUUCUAUUCCAUCUAGUCUCGGAAAGAUCAAGUCUCUGUUACUCCUGAAUCUCAGCAGGAAUCAUCUUAGUGGCGACAUACCAAAUGAAAUUUGGCAGCUCCCUGAGGCACUUUUCCAACUAGACCUCUCAAGCAACCACAUCACGGGUUCUCUAAACAACAUUAUUCGCUUGAAAAACUUGGUCUAUUUGCGCCUUUCCAACAAUAAUUUAUCGGGUGAAAUACCAAGCAGCUUCAAAACAUUGACAAGCUUAACAGAGCUCUACGUCAAUCAUAACGAUCUCCAAGGAGCUAUCUCUCCAUUUUUAAGUUCUUUGACAAGUCUUGAAUUCGUAGAUCUUUCACACAACAAAUUUGUGAGUAAGAUACCCGAAUUUUUUGCUAGUCUCAGAUCCCUGAAAUUCUUGAAUUUGUCCUAUAAUGAUUUGGAGGGCGAGUUACCAUCGGAUGGAGUUUUCAAAAACAAAAGUGCAGUCUCAAUUACAGGGAAUAGUAAGCUUUGCGGAGGUAUUCCGGAGUUACAAUUACGAAAAUGCUCUGAAAAUGAUCCUAAUUAUGGCAAAUCAUCUCGAACAAUGAUUUUAAUCAUAUUACUAAUUGUUGGAGGUGUCGUGGGUGUCAUAGUGGUGGCACUCCUUUUGCGGCGUAGUAAAAAGAGAUCGGAUCAUCAGAGUUCGACAACUAUGGACACAAUAAUCCCUAGAGUGACUUACCAACGCCUUCACAGAGCAACGAAUGGCUUCUCCGCGGAGAAUUUGAUUGGUUCAGGAAACUUUAGCUCUGUAUACAAAGGCAUUUUGGACGAAUCAGUUGUUGGGAUUAUGCAGAUUGCUGUUAAGGUACUGAAACUUCAAGUGAAAGGAGCUAGCAAGUCCUUUGUUUCUGAGUGUGAAGCAUUGAGGCAUAUUAGGCAUCGAAACCUUGUAAAGCUUUUAACUUGUUGUUCAAGUAUUGACCACCAAGGUCAUGAUUUUAAGGCCGUAAUUUAUGAGUUCAUGAGCAACGGUAAUUUGCACAAUUGGUUGCACCAAAGUUGUCGGAGUACUAUUGGUCAUGAGGAGAAUCAUAAGCAGCCUAGAAGAAGUUUAAACAUUAGACAAAGGCUGGAUAUUGCAAUUGAUGUAGCUAGUGCAUUGGAUUAUCUUCACAAUCAAUCUGGAAUGCCAUUGAUACAUUGCGAUCUCAAACCAAGUAAUGUGCUUUUGGAUGAAGAAUUUGUUGCUCAUUUAGGUGAUUUUGGAUUGGCAAGGUUUAUGCAAGCUGAUGCCACACAUGUACUCACCUCAAUCCAGAGCAGCUCAAGUACAGUAAAAGGGACGCUUGGAUAUAUACCGCCGGAAUAUGCGACCGGGAGUAAGUCGUCGACCUAUGGUGACGUGUACAGCUAUGGAAUUCUAGUGUUGGAAACAUUCAUGGGAAAGAGCCCCACAGAUGAAAUACUCAAGGAUGGUCUAAACCUUCAUGAAUUUGUGAAGAUGGCCAUACCUGAACAAGUAAUGAAUGUUUGUGAUCCUACACUUCUCUGCCUUGAAUAUGAAGAUGGUGUGCCCAUUAAUUGCAGUGAAAAAGUAAUUGAGGAGUGCCUGUGUUCAGUGCUUCGAAUUGGGAUUGCUUGCUCUAUGGAGUUGGCAGAAGCACGCAUGGACAUUGCCAAUGUCCUCAAGGAACUGCACUUAAUCAGAAAUGCUCUUUUUUCUAAUCAGAGGCGAUCCGGGAUUUGAAGUUUUAUGGGUGUUCUAGUAACCUCAAAUUAAUAUACAAUAAGAACUAGGUUAAUUGAUUGAUACAUAUUUAUAUAAUUUUAUGAAUUUCUUAAUAGAAAUACAGGAUUUAUGCAAAAGCUCGUCGGUUAACUGUGAACUCAUACACUAUGCUCUACAUCCGCCACUGCCUCUCUUGGCGGAACUCAAGCUAUACACUGAUUGUGAACCUUCAACGUUAAUUAGCUGCU